AUGAAGAGCAGAACAUGGGAAGAGAAGAUUUAUUGGAAGAAUUUUCAUUUUUCUCAAUUCUCUUUAACUUUACCCACUAAUUUUCACCACCACCUUAAUCGACGUGAAUGUUUUGAGGUUCGGCUCUUUGAUGGAGCAAGCUCAUGUGAGAAAGAAGCUUCACAUUUUGUAGGGAAAGUUCAACAGCAGAACUCUGAUGAUGAUGAUGACGACAGUGAAGAAUCUGAAGAGAGUUUGAGCAAGGGGUUCACUGAUGAUACGCGACAAAAUGUUUACUAUGACUGUCAUAAUGCUUCUAGAAACAGGCGUAGGAAGAACCCUGGUAGCAGGACACCCAAGAGUAGUUCUGCUCGUUCUACAGAGGAAAAAAGGCUGACAGUUUUAUGUAUUCGAUUAUUCAUUCUUUCUGCAGAUGUUUCUGAUGAUCAAAAUGAGUCUGACGAGAAUGCUGAUGAAGAGGAUUCUAUCACAGAAGAGGCUAGAACUACUCCGAAGAAAGCAGCUACUACUAGUUCAGCUAGAAAAUUGCCAAUUAGUGCUUCAAGGAAAAGGAAUCGCAAUGGUGGUAGUCGUGUGAUCUACAAAUCAAACAGAAGAGAUAUAACUGAUGCAGAGAAAGUAAAUACUGAGAGAAAGGCCUUGUUAGCAUCAGGACAGCGCGAUAACUCAUUUACUACAAUUCCUUCAGAAUCGAACCUUAAAAGUCAUUUGAGAAAUGGCCAAGUAGUGUCUCUUAGAAUGGAGGGGAAAAUAUGGGACUGCAUCGUUAGCAAAAGCAGCAGAAAUCAUGUAGGUUUUCAAUGUUCAGGAUGGAGAACUUUUGUUCGCGACAACUUCUUGGAGGAGUUUGAUGUGUGCUUGUUUGUUCCUUCUAUCAAGAAGAAUGGAAGAUAUGUCCUUGAUGUUAGCAUAUUCAGAGUGGUUCCUGAAGUUGUUCCUUCAACUUUAGUAACUUAA